GAAGCAGGCUCCAAGCAGGGAGCCCAACAAGGGACUUGAUCCCAGGACCUCGACCCAGGCCACCUGCGUCUUCUUGAAUGGCAUUUUUAGUAAGCAAAGAAUGCUAGGGUGUGUGGUGAGCUCAGAUCUGAGCAUUGACUGAGCAUGGGGGUGGCUCUGACAAGGUCUGCACAGUGGACUGCUGCUGGAUAUGGGACCAGAACCCUGGAAAUUACUCCACUGAAUGAAGUGAUAUUGAAAGAAAUUGCGAUGUUUGUGGAGAGUUUUAUCUACAAACAUCCUCAAGAAGCAAAAUAUGUUUUUGUAGAACCACUUGAAUGGAAAACAAACUUGGACCCCUCAGCAUUUGAAUCAGGAUAUAUUGUCAGUGAAACAACAGUCAAGUCAGAAGAAGUUGAUAAAGAUGGGCAGCCUUUGCUGUUUCUCUCUGUGCCACACAUUAAGAUCAGGAGCUUGGGGCAGCUGUCACGUUUGCUGCUUAUUGCCAAAGACAGAAAGCUGAAGGAAGCACAGGCUUGUAUCAAAGCUAACAGAGAUCCUGUAACAAAAAUCCUGGGUUUGGAUUAUAACACGGUGAAAGAAGACACAUCCACAGUAAAUAUUCUUGAUAAAAUUACCAAAGAUGAAGAUCCUGAGAGUGAGAUAAAGAUGAAGGUUGGCAUGCUGCUUAAGCAACUGGAUCUGUACCUACUGAAUCAUUCUCUAAAACGUAUUUCAUUACAAAUCUGUUUAAACCCAACAACUGUUAAGAACCAUAUAGAACUGCUGAAACAUUUCUCAGGAAAAGGAGAACAAACUGUCUUGGAAUCUAUUGACUAUACUUCAGAUUAUGAAUUUUCAAAUGGAUGUCGAGCCCCACCUUGGAGACAAAUUCAUGGGGAAAUUUGUUACGUGCUGGUAAAACCCCAUGAUGUUGAAACUCUGUGUGUUACUUGUAGUACAGAAGGAGUAUUUUUAAAUGGCGGCAAAACAGAAGAUGAGGGGGAAAUUAAUUAUGAGAGAAAAAGUGAAAUGUAUAAAGACCUUGUCACAUUUUUAAAAGAAAAAUCGGCAAAAUUUUCAGAAAAUAUGUCUAAACAGGAUAUUAGAUUCACUGAAGAAUGGAAAAAGAAAAUGAAGAGCCUAAGGAGGUACCUAAGAAGGAAGAAGCAGACGCCCUUCCUAAAGCUUUUCUUGCUUCAAGCAAGAAUAUACUAGAGAAGAACCAAAUUA